AUGUCUCCUCCAUCCCAUUUGCCUACGCCGUUAUCAUCGCCUGCAACAGGACCACCAAGCUCUUCUGCGCUGAACACAAAGGCGCAAUCUGCCAAUCCCCCCACAACUUCAUCGCGUCCCUUGUCCAUUUCAUCAAUCCUAGGAACCAGCCUUCCGGGAACCCCCCCGAACUCCAGAAACACUUCUUUUGGGGACAAUGAUGCUGCCAAAGCACCCCGGGUGCCGCUGCCCGAAUUUACCACAUCUCCCAUCAACGAUUCAGCGUUGCCUGUCACCGACGCAGAAAUACUUGCUGCAUCUGCGCAAUUGUAUUCCAUGCGGUUUCGAACCGACGCGGUCGAUGACGACGAAGCCCUCACGGCACUUGUCCAAGAUAAGUCCUUGAACGCCGCACUAACCAACUCUUCAACUGCAGCAGGCCAAGGCAAAGGAAAGGGCAAAGAUCCCGAGCUCUACGACGUCGACCCCGCGGAAGAUGGCAAUUCUCGAAACCGUGAUGUACACCGCUCUACGGAUGACAGUGCCGCCGAGUCUCUGCUCCAAGUCUGGAAUGAACUCCGUUCGGUAUCUGUCCUCGUGGACUUGGGCGCCCAACCUUGCGAAUGCAAGAACUGCCCCAAUGGUACCCGUAUGCUUUGCCCCAAUUGCUCCGUAGUCAAGGAUGAAUCCGAUCACCUGUACUCAUCCGACUCCGAAGACGAAGGCCCCCUCCUCUCCACUGCUCGCCAAACUGGCUUCAGUACCUCGUGCCAUGGCAAUCGCCUCCAGCAUUCUGCUCACGAGGGUAACGCCGUAUUCGACCUUCUGCCGCUUUCGUCUCGACGAAAUCAAACAUCCCGUCUUCUCCCUCAUGACCUCGAACUCCACAACGGAGAAUCUCAGUGUUGCCGGUGCGAACUGGCCCAAGAAUUCAUUCGUGCCCGCUACGUGGAGGGCUACAGGAUGCUUGGAUGCGAGGGAUUUGAGCGUGAGGACACGGAGCCGCUCGACGAUGAUGCUGUGGACAGUUCACGGCACGGAAGGUAUGGUGCUGCGGAGUACGAUAAUGAGAAGCAUAAGAGUGAAUCAUUGUCCGAAAUUCCAAAGCUGAGUCAGAAGACGCUCGAGAGACUGGAGCUGGAGAAGUGGGAGUGGAGACCGGAACGAGAUCCUCUCGUGGCGACCUCCUCGGAUACUUCUGAGUCUGAUGCUGACGAUGUGGAGCCCAUUCGGCUGCCAUUGUACGCCGAGGAGUCGAUCACCCGCGACUCCGUCCACCCCGGCGCUGUCAUCGAUCCAGAAGCCACCGCGGAAGGAACCCCAUACGGUUCCGCUCCUCCUUCCAGCGAACGACCCGGCUACACGGACAGAAGAUCUGGUCAGUCAUACCCCACGGCAUCGGAUUUCGUCGAUCUCAAAACCACCUUCUCAUCGUCGUCGCCAUCUACUCGCCAAGCGAGACGGUACAAAGCCGUCCUGCCGUCGCCUUUGAAGCAAAUCCAAAACGCCGUCCAUUCUGACCAGACGUCACCGUCGCCCGAGCGGCAAGAUCGGCCGACUCGCACUGGCGGCCCUGUCCUGACGACCGGGCCUGCAUCGAUGCGACCUUCCGGCACGCAGACCGGACACGGUCACCGGAGGUCCGCCAGAGCGUUCCCUCACCGCGCGGAACUCACGAACGAGUUCGUCCACAUCGGCGUACAGGAUCCCACUCCGCCAACGGAGCAAAAAGGUAGUGUUGCAGUGCCCGACGCGAGCCCUUCGACGCCGAAGAAGCGGACGGCCGAUCCGACUCCCACGGCUAACGUCGACGCAGAGCCUCUCCCGACCCCUCCCGCCACGGGCCGCAAACGCAAAGCUGCCACCCAAGCCGCGGCGGUCGAGGAGCCAUCGUCUUCUCGGCCGAAGAAGCACCAGGGUAAGGCGCUGCGGACGCCUGAGCGGCCGAUGACGAGGAAUGCCACGCAGGAUGAGCGUAGUGCACCUUGGUAUGUGAACGAUGAGGGGCGGUUUGUGAAGAGCAGGUGGAAGGUCGAGGAGGAGACCAGGAAGAGGGAGGCGGCUGCGAAGGCGGAGGCGAGGAGGCCCGGGGCGUUUAGGAUGCGGGCGCGGUCUGGACUUUGGACACCUCGGCGCUUCGAGUCGUGCGUCGUUGCUGGCUAG